CCCAAACACUACCCGAGUAGAAGGCGCCCGCGGCCGCGGCCUGAGUCGGCGCGGCGAACGUUUUAUUAAGGCGCGCGACAGGCUGCGCGCGCAGUCGUACGCGUCGCGUCCAGUGGCUAGUGUCGCCAGUGUCCGCAGUGUCGCCAGCGUCGCGAGACAUAGCGGUCGGCCGCUACGUGCGCGCAUGCAACCUCCGCGGUACCGCGCGCCAACUCGUGACAGUUUGAACUUUUAAAACACAGUGAUGAAGGGCCAAUGCAAACGGUUUGUGAGCCACAAGGGCAAGGCGUACGACAUGCAUCCCGGCAAGAACAAGAAAGUAGACGAGGAUGAGAAUAUUGGAUUCUUUGCGCUGUGGCGCUACGCAACCUGGGUGGAGCGGGCGGUGUCGCUGCUGGGCGCGCUGGUGGGCGUGCUGAGCUCGCUGGGCACCAUCGCCGGCAUCGUGCUGUACGGCGAGCUCACCGCGCUCUUCGUGCGGCGCCACACCGCGCAGCCCGCGCCCUCAGACAUCUACGUGCUCGCCUUCUUCGGAGGGGGGCGACACCUGCCGGAGGGCAAUCGCUCGCUGCACAUGGACGCGCUGCUAGAGGACAGCGCGGCGUUCGCGUGGGCCAGCGCCGCCGUCAUAGCCUUACACAUCCUCAGCGCCGCGCUCGCAGUGGCGCUGCUGCAGUGGGCCUCCGCGAGGAUGGUGACGCGGCUGCGCAUCCGGCUGCUGCGCUCGGUGAUCAGCCAGGAGAUCGCGUUCUUCGACACCAACACCGACAUGAACUUCGCCACCACCAUCACUGAGGACAUGGAGAAGUUCCGGUGCGGGGUGGGCGAGCACGUGGCGAUGACGGCCAACCUGGCGGGCACCGUGCUGCUGGGCGCCGGCCUGGCGCUGCACUACGGCUGGCAGCUCGCGCUGGCCGGGCUCGCAGUCGUGCCCGCCGCGCUCGCCGUCGCCGCCGUCGUGGCGCGCUACCAGACCAAGUGCAAUGCGCGUGAAGUAUCGGCGUAUGGCACCGCCGCGCGCGUCGUGGAGGAGGCGCUGGGCGCCGUGCGCACGGUGCGCGCGUACGGCGCCGAGCGCGGCGAGUGCGCGCGCUACGGCCGCGCACUGCGCGCUGCGAGUGUGGAGGCGCGCGCGCGGGCCGCGUGGGCCGGGGCGGGCGCGGGGCUGGGCUGGCUGCUCACGUACGCGCUCAACGCCAUCGUGUUCGCGUACGGCGCCGAGCUGUGCGUGCGCGACAUGGGGCUCGAACCCGCGCUGCAGCAGUACCACGCCGGCGUGAUGGUGACGGUGCUGUUCCUCACGUUCAUGGCGGCGCAGAACAUCGCCAUGUGCCAGCCGCACCUCGAGACCUUCAGCGCGGCCCGCGGCGCCGCGCGCAGUCUCUACCGCCUGCUGCAGCGCCGGUCCAGGAUCAACGCGCUCGACUCCACGGGAAUCAAACCCGACAAGUUCCGCGGAGAUAUUACGUUUGAGAAUCUCUACUUCAAUUAUCCUUCGAGGCCUGAUGUCAAGGUCCUCCGCGGGCUGAGCCUGCGCGUGCGCGCGGGGUCGAGCGUGGCGCUGGUGGGCGGGUCUGGGUGCGGCAAGUCCACGCUGCUGCAGCUGCUGCAGCGCCUGUACGACCCCGACUCGGGGACCAUCACGGUGGACGGACACCCGCUGCACGCGCUGGAUCUGCACCACUUUAGGAAGAGCAUCGGAGUGGUAGGGCAGGAGCCGGUGUUGUUCUCGGGCACCAUCCGGGAGAACAUCACGCUGGGCAUGGAUGACGUCACCGACGCCGACGUCAUCGAGGCCGCCACCACCGCGCACGCGCACCAGUUCAUCACCAAACUUGCCAAUGGUUACGACACGCUGCUAGGCGCGGGCGGGUCCCAGCUAUCAGGCGGGCAGAAGCAGCGCAUCGCGAUCGCGCGCGCCAUCGUGCGGCGGCCGGCGGUGCUAUUGUUAGACGAGCCCACGGCGGCGCUGGACCCCGCCGCCGAGCGGGCCGUCGCCGCCGCGCUCGCCGCCGCCGCCACCGGCCGCACCACGCUGCUAGUCUCGCACCGCCUGCAAGGUCUGUCGGGACACCACAUCGUGUGCGUGGAGCAGGGCGCGGUGCGCGAGCACGGCUCGCACGAGGAGCUGCUGGAGAAACGCGGGGUCUACUGGGCGCUGCUGCAGGAGGACCUCACCACCAAGAGUGUGAACGUGAUGAACUCGGAGCCGGCAGAGGAGGAGGACGACGAUGACGUCACUGCUGCUGAUGAUCACACCCACUUCAAGAGGGGAGUCAGUCGACAGUCUGUCAGAGAGUCGUCUCGCCACUUCGUCCGCAGCAGUAUCCGCAUGAGCUCCGUGUCGGCACACAUACCGCACAGCGCGCUCUCGCAGAUUGACACUGAGGACGUGGAGGACCCUGUGGAGGCCUCGGAGGAGGAAGGAGAGGACGCCAGCCCCUCAGUAUCUAGUUGGGAGCUGCUGAAGCUGAACGCGGCGGAGUGGCCGCAGCUGCUGGGGGGGGCGCUGGCAUCGCUACUGGUGGGGGCCACCAUGCCGGUGUUCGCGCUACUGUUCGCCGAGCUAUAUGGGAUGUUCGCGUGGUCGGACGGCGCGGCGAUACUGUCGCAGUCGCGCGUGUACGCGGGGCUGUUCGCGGGCGUGGCGGCGGCGUGCGGCGCCGUGACGUUCCUGCAGGCGUGGCUCUUCAACCGCGCCGGGGCCAGCCUGACCGACCGCCUGCGGCAGAUGACCUUCCGGAACUAUCUAGUGCAGGAGCAGGGCUGGUUCGACCGCACGGAGAACUCGGUGGGCGCGCUGUGCGCCCGCCUCGCCACCGACUGCGCCGCCGUGCAGGGCGCCACCGGUACCCGUCUGGGCACGAUGCUGCAGGGCAUCAGCACGAUGACGCUGGGCGUGGGGCUGGCGCUGUUCUACUCCUGGAAGAUGACGCUCGUCAGUCUACUCUCCGUGCCCUGCGUAAUGGGCGGCAUCUACCUGGAGGGCUGGGUGAACCGGCGGGUCGAGGCUCGAACCCGCGCCGCCAUGGAGCGAGCCAGCCGCCUCGCCACCGAGGCAGUGCUCAACAUACGGACCGUGCACAGUCUCGGCGUGGAGCGCUCGGUCCUGUCCCGGUACAGCGCGGCGCUGCAGGAGGGGGCGCGCGUGUCGGCGGCGGCGCGGCGCGUGCGCGGCCCGGUGUACGGCGCCUGCGUCUGCGCACCCACGCUGGGGUACGCCGUGUCGCUCGCAUACGCCGGGUACCUCAUCGCCAGGGAUGAUUUGCCGUACCAACACGCCAUACUCGUGUCGGAGGCGUUGAUAUACGGCGCGUGGAUGUUGGCGGCGGCGCUGUCGUUCGCGCCGUCGUUCGCGGCCGCGCGCCGCUCGGGGGCGCGCAUCAUCUCCGCGCUGCGCCGCGCCCCCGCCGUCAUCACCGAGGAUACUGCCGAGGAGAUACAAGACUGGAACGUGGAAGGCAGGGUGACGUUCAGCAACGUAUCGUUCAGCUACCCGACCCGAGCACAGACCCCGGUGCUGCGCGGGCUGAGCCUGGCCCUCCCCCCCCGCGCCACCACCGCGCUGGUGGGCCACAGCGGCUGCGGCAAGUCCACGCUGCUGCACCUGCUCAUGAGGAGCUACGACCCUGACAAUGGGACUGUCAUGAUAGACGACAAGGACAUCAAGCGGUCGCUGACGCUGCGGCAGCUGCGGUCCACGCUGGGGCUGGUGCAGCAGGAGCCGGCGCUGUUCUCGCGGACCAUCCGGGAGAACAUCGCCUACGGAGAGGCGGGAGACGCCGCCUCCAUGGACGACGUCAUGGAGGCGGCCAAGCAGGCCAAUGUGCACAGCUUCAUCAUGGGACUGCCGCAGGGCUACGAGACAGUACUAGGAGGAGGCAGCGGCGCGUCCCUCUCCGGCGGACAGAAGCAGCGGCUGGGCAUCGCGCGCGCGCUGCUGCGGCGGCCGCGGGUACUGCUGCUGGACGAGCCCACGUCCGCGCUCGAUGCUAGCAGCGAGAAGACGGUGCAGACGGCGCUGGAGGCGGCGGCGGCGGAGCGAACUACUAUAGUCAUCGCGCACAGACUCGCCACCGUCCGCCACGCGCAUCUCAUCUGUGUCAUCGACAAAGGUAACUACAUAUAUUAUGUAACUACUAUAGUCAUCGCGCACAGACUCGCCACCGUCCGCCACGCGCAUCUCAUCUGUGUCAUCGACAAAGGUGUAGUGGCAGAGAGCGGCACCCACGAGGAACUAGUGAAGCGGCGCGGACUGUACUGGACGCUGUUGCAGCAACAAGCCGGCGACGCCGCAACGUGACGCGCAACUACUACACGUAACGUGUAACUACACUGACGCUGCGGGUACUGUAACACUGCAUGUAACAUGUAGCAUGCAACGUGUAACGUACCCUGCAACAUGUUCAUGUAUCGUAUCUGUGAUCUUGACUGUCUACUGUUAGGUUAGGACCAUAAGUAAUACUACUUAUUUUAUAUUUAACGAGUAUCUGAUUAACAUAUGUUUGUCUCUGUCUAAUUGUAUAAAGACAGAGAGAGAUAGAUUGAUGUUUUAUUGUUUGACUUGGGAGUAUUUGAAUAUCCUCAAUGUAUUGUGUUUAAGUUUGCCAGUCGAUGCUACACUCGAAUAUAAUGUCAAUGUAUGAAAACAUUUUACCAAACAUUGGUAAUGUUGGAAUGACAACUCUAUGUGGUCGACAUAGAGACGAAAUUUCUAUUUAUUCUCAUUUUGACUGGCUAUGUGUGACUAUGUACAAAUGUUCGAGUUUCCUAUAUACAUAGUAUGUGCCUGUAGUUGUAAGCAUUACAUGUGAUAUACCUUCUGCCAGCUACAUUGUAAGACGUUACACGGUGUAACAGUGCUUGCAACACUACUGCUGAUACAUUAUCUUUACUCUUUCAACUUUCCUAUAAUUGUCACCAAUUUCCCUCAAGUUUCCAUGAACUAAUGUUGCAAGCACUGAGACACCGACACUUAGGUUUAAGUUACUACAAGAAUAUUAGGUUACACACUCACGACAUUCGAUUUUAGAAGUUAAUUUUUCAACACAACAUCGUAUAGUGUAACACGUAGCGUUGCACAGCGAUGUUACACUACACGUUACGUAGCUUGUUACAGCAACGUGCUACAACUGCUAGUUGUGUAGUGUAGUGUAGAGUCGAAGCCAAAUAUCGUUAAGUUAGCGUCUGUGAUGUGUCUCUCUGGACUACUUGAAUUAAGUUAUUUUUAGUAUAAGUUAUGAAGUAAGCUGAUCUUUGCCAACACGGACCAACGUGGUACAGCCCACUGUGAAUGUAUUUUGUUCCAUUAAACUCUGUUUUAUUGGCAUCACAAGCAAUGACAGUUUUUCUAAAAGAGAAUUUUUCUAUAAAUCUACUACUGUAAACUCUAGUAUAAAGUUUUGUACACAAUAAGUAGCUAAUGAAUGAAAUAAGUACAUAGUUUACUUUAGGGGACCAUGUUUAGUAGAUAGUGUAUUUAAAUAUUUGUAAGUGUAUCGUAAGUAACUCACGUUAGGUAUAAGUUGAAUAAAUAAAAUGUAAUUAAAACUGUA